CUGCAAGAAGCGGCGGUGGCGGUCAUCGGUGUCGCCGAGUCCGCCGGGCUGAGCAGUUUCACGCUCGUCGGCGCGUCACUGGGCGCCGACGUGUCCUUUCGGCUGGCCCUGCAGCGGCCUGCAUCGGUACCUACGAUGGUGCUGGUCUCCCCCACCUGCGUCGCGCCGGGCCAGGCGACCUGGGGGAACACCGCGGAGCUGGCACGGAAGGCAAUGCUGGCACACCCGGAGGACCUGGCGAUCGCAAGCCCAGAUUCGAGCAGGACCACGAUCCUGGCUGGCCUGGCGGAGCGAUGGCGCACUGAAGAAAACACAGCAAUCGAUUUGCUCCCCGAGCUAUCGGCGGCCACGCUGGUGGUGUUCGGGCAGGAAGACCGGCUGGUUGCCAGUGAGGCCGGGGGACUGUGGAAGGGGCGAGUGCCCAAUUGCAGCAUCAGCUACGUUUACGAUGCUGGGCACGCCAUCGGCGUUGACCGGCCGGACGCCCUGGCAGACGUGGUACUGGACUUCGUGGAGCGUCGAGAGACGUUCAUCGUGGAGAAACGCAGCAGCGUCAUCAACCCCUAG